AUGCAUAGAAAACCAGCUUAUGAUGCUACAAUCCUUCAAAACAUGACUUUACCACCACCACAUGAAUUGACUCUUAGUCAAUAUUCUGCUACAAAGCGAAGAUUUAUCAUUUCAUACUCAAUUCCAAAUCCAUAUAAAAGUGGUACUUACGCCGUUGGCCAAAGAUUACUUACAGAUCAAGAAAUUACCAAAACAGCAAAGCAACUAAUAAACGAGCUUAAUAAAUUUCUUCCUCGUGAGUGCAGGCAGCAUAAAUUUCUUUUAAAAUAUAAUAACAUUCUUUAUGAAGACAGUACACUUGAAGAAAUGGGUGUAAAAAACGAUACUGUUGUUGAAUUAGAAUGUUUAACUCAAAGUCAACUCGCUGCACAUAACGAAGGUUUUCUAUUUAUGUACUGGUCAUCAGUUCCACUUAUUAUUGCGAUCUCAUUUAUGUUUGGUGCUCUUAUUGGAAGAUUUGAUAUGCUUAUUCGUUCGGUUUAUAUGCUGAUUUCUACAAUUGUUGGAAUACCUGCAAUUGUUUUUAUGAUCCUCGGACUUACUGAAACAUAUCCAAAGAUUACAAGAACUUCCAUAGUUGGGCAGUAUUGGUUUGGUUUAGAUUGUUGCGCAAGCCCGGAUGAUGAAUCCGAUACUAGUGAAGAUAUUCAAUCUGAUGCUGAAGCCCAAUCGCUUAUACCACCAGAUCCCCUUUAA